ACUUAAGACUGGUUUUGUGCUCCAGGGUCACAUAUCAUUACAAUAUUGUGCACAAAAGUGUAAGUGUAAGUUCUACAAAUUUACCCUACCUACCUUGAUAUGUUGAAUUGAGCUAAGUGGAUCAGAACUAACUGCUUUACACUGGUAAUUAAUGAACUGAAUCAUUCUCUAACCGUCUCUCCCCAGGCAGUGGUGAAUGAGAUGAACAGGUUGGGAAUGCUGGUUGAUCUGUCCCAUAGCUCAUGGGAGACAACCAGAGCUGUGCUGAAACAUUCUACUGUUCCGGUUAUUUUCAGCCACUCUUCAGCCUAUGCUAUCUGUAACAAUAUUCGCAAUGUACCUGACGAGCAGCUGCUGCUGCUGAAGGAAAAUGGCGGGCUUAUCAUGGUGAACUUCUACAGCAGUUUUGUAGCAUGUUCAAAUAACGCAAACGUUUCUGUUGUGGCUGAUCAUUUUGAUCAUCUAAAGCAGGUGAUUGGAGCUGAAAGCAUCGGGAUUGGAGCAGACUUUGAUGGGGCACAAGGAUUCCCUAAAGGCCUGGAGGACGUAUCCAAAUAUCCAGCACUAAUUGAGGAGCUGAUAUCAAGGAACUGGACUGAGGAAGAGCUGGCGGGAGUGCUAAGACUGAACUUCCUCAGAGUGUUCCGAAAGGUUGAGAAGGUCAGGAAAUUCAUUCUUGUGUCCAGUUCCCAGUUCAAUGAGGUCAGUUAAGAUAUGUAUAAAUCUUGGCCUCUUUAGGGCCAGUAUAAAUAUACACCCACCCUUGCAAUUGACAUUAGUAAACAUAACAUAGCAAACAUAUACUUAACGUACAUGAUAUGACAGGUUUCAACCACUGACCACUGGUCACUUUGCUCACAGUCAGCACCUGUGAUUCUCAUUUUGGUUUUCUGUAAAUAUCCCAUCUCUUUGACUAUUCUUUGUUUUUGGCAUUGGAUAACUCCAUAAGACAUCCCAGCUGAAAUGUUGUCUGAACUUUCUCACACACAUUCUUACAUUAUCUUGUUCCUCAGCUUCUUCCUUUCUUGUACUACAAUGGUGAUCUUUACAGCCAGAUGGAAAUUUCUUCCAGUUCCUUUCAUUUUCCUCGAAAAAAACUUUUGCUCUUUGCUUUCAGUGAUCCCCAUUAAUUUAUCUGAUCACAUUACAGCCACUAUCUUCCACCCUCAGCUAACCCUCUUCUUUUAAAUUACAGUUGUUAUUGCAACAUCCACUUCAAAAAGCACCUCUACCUUACGUCUCAAAUCUCCAAACAGACCAGAGAAAGUGUAUCUGUUACAUCAGGGCUGCCAACUCUCACGCAUUUGGCACUGUUCUCACGCCACACUUUCAAAAACAUUGGGAGUAAAGAGAACACUGAGAGUGUGCUGACUGGUGAGAGAGAGUAGGCAGCACUGUGAGACAGGGAGUUAUUCAGACCAAUCGGGGAAAAUAUAUAACUUAAUUGUAAUUUAUUUCCAUGCAUGCUGAAUAUUGUGUGAACGCAGGCAGGUCAGUGAGUUACGAUUACGCUCUGUGUCUUAACUGAGUUCAGGUUAGUAAUAAUAUAGGUAACUAAUAUAUUCUGUAUCCUACAUAGAAAUAAGCUAGUAUUAGCAAAGUUUAUUUUUUUGCACCAUUGCAGCAGUUAUUUUGUCAUUUUAUGAUACAAACAGUACCAGUCCUCAGACAAAGUAGCACCACUGUCAGACAAAACUCUGCUGACAGGUUUUGUGUUUUUUUUAAGAAUCCCCCCCUACUGGAUUUCUUACUCUAAGCUGAAAUGAGUUAGCAGCCCUGAUAUACAUAUAGUAUACAUAUAUAUGACACCUUACCAUCCAGUUCUUGAUAAUGUAUGAUAAGAUUCCUCCUUAUCCAAAUGUCAUUGCACUGGUUCAGCACAUUUAAUCGGAUGAGAU